CUCUUCUUCUUCGACAUUGGGUUUUUCAUAUCCUCUCUCCUGAAAUUAGGUUUCUUGACAAUUCAAUCUUCCUCUCCAACUACAAGAAUCAAUUAACACAAAUUCUGUGAUCAUACACACAGAAUUUGAUCCAUUAAUUAAUCUUGUACGAGAGGAAGAAACCAACAAAACCUAAAUCAUAUAUAAUAAUAAUGAAGAACGUAAUGCGAAGAAUCAUGCAACUUAUUCGGAUAAUCCCUCGUAAAUCAUCGAAAAACAUCGACAGCGACGACGAAGAUGAUCAUUUUUACGAUGCCCAGCAAGAACCAUCGGUAAACAAUCACCGAUAUCACCAACCACUACCUCCGUUAUCCGACACCGAUUCCCUCUUUGGAGAUGGUUCGAGAUGCAACUCGUACCAACAAUCUUCGUAUGAUCGUCUACCAAUGUCCGCUCAAACGUCCCCAUUGUUAAACUCUCCGUGGUCGUCCUACGUGGAAGUGGCGCCCACGGAGAAUUACGUGGGACUAUUGACGUCCCUCGUCCGUGAGGAAGGACACAUAUAUUCGUUAGCCGCAACCGCAGAUUUGUUAUACACAGGAUCUUCCAGCAAGAACAUCCGCAUCUGGAAGCACCACAUGGAGUAUUCCGGAUUCAAAUCGCAUAGCGGAUUGGUUAAAGCGAUUGUCGUUGCAGGAGAUCGAAUCUUUACGGGUCAUCAAGACGGGAAAAUUAGGGUUUGGAGAGCGUCUCGAAAGGACCCGAAAGUUUAUAAAAAAAUCGCGACGUUACCGGAUUUUCAAUCGGUUUUAAAGAAGUCGUUGAAGUUGAAGAAUUACACGGAGGUGAGGCGUAAACAUAGCGCGAUUUGGAUCAAACAUUUCGAUGCGAUUUCGAGCAUGAGCUUGAAUGAUGAUCAUACUCUUUUGUAUUCGGGGUCAUGGGACAAAACAAUGAAGGUGUGGAGAGUAUCGGAUUUCAAGUGUUUGGAAUCGAUUAGCGCGCAUGACGAUGUCAUCAACGCCGUGGUGGCCGGGGCGCACGGUUAUGUGUUCUCCGGGUCCGCGGAUGGGACGUUGAAAGUGUGGCGAAAGGAGUCCUCACACGGAAAGCGAACGAAACAUUACUUUUCGCAAAGUUUGUUAAAGCAAGAAUUCGCGGUGACAUCGUUAGUGGUUACGCCAGCGGGGAAGGUUGUUUACGCGGGGUGUUCGGAUGGAGUGGUGCAUUAUUGGGAACAUGAGAAGUUAAUCCACGGAGGCGUUCUCCGAGGUCAUAAACUCGCGGUUUUGUGUCUUGCGGCGUCGGGAUACAUGGUGUUUAGUGGUUCGGCGGAUAAGAAUAUAUGCGUGUGGCAAAGCGAUGACCGGGGUAGGCAUAGGUGUUUGUAUGUCUUGAACGGACAUACGGGGCCCGUGAAGUGUUUGGCGGUAGAGAAGGAGGCGCGAGAAGGCGAAUGCGGUGGGGCAAGCACGCGCAUAUUGUAUAGUGGUAGUUUAGAUAAGUCCGUGAAGAUAUGGAGGGUGUGUCCGCAAAUGUUAAAUGCGGAUAACCAGCAUUUGCCACCACCAUCACCGCAGCGGAUUGAUGGGUUGCGGCGGAGUAGGGUGGAGAUACAUAACAAGUUACCGCCCCAUCAACAGAAAAAACAGUGAUCAUCAAUUUUGGGUUUUGUUUU